AUGGCGCUACUAUUCCUUAGCAGCGGCGGCUCCGUUCCACAACCGCCAACCUGUGUCUCACCUCUGUUUCCUCCUUCAGGAUCGCUCUCCGCAUGCCAGUGGGGCUCUCCUGGCUCUGUCCCUUCCACUUUUUUGCGUUCCACCUCUUCUCGUGAGCCGGUUUCCAGUUCGACUAGCCACUCCAGCUUUCCUCGCCCUCAUUCCUCGCUCUGGAAAGGGACACCGCAAUUUCUUUUAAGCGGUGGCCAGUGCGUUGACGUCUGUCUGUGUGGCGAUGACGCGGCAGCGAAUAGUUGUUCCUUACAUACGAGCAGCUGCGGCUGUGGGGCAGAGCGAGAUUCGGCGUCAGCUGGACCAGGAGUGGCAUGUGGGCCUGCUCGCGACUUGAACACGCUUCAGAGCGGUUCUGCAGGGCAGCUCUCGGGGGAAAGCGAUGACGGGCUACCCUCGUCAAACGAUGAAACUGCAUCCCGGAAGUUUGAUGGCGCUUUAAAGAAACGAAGUGGAACCGAACUUACGAAAAGGCACGAGACAGAGGAAAAGCACGUCGCACCGUCCUCUACGAGUCUUAAGAGUCUCUCAACUGCACUGAAUCGCUCGCAGCACAAAGUCGAUGAUAGCGGUUGGGAGAGAGCAUCGUCAGCGUGGCAGCGCCGAGCGGCCCCCUUCCGGGUAACGGUGUACAAGAAGGUGAGCCAUCAAUCCUGUCGUAGACUCUUGGAAGGCCCAGUGACAUUGGCGGGAACCGAGAUACAAAUUGGCGGCGGCGGCGACUGCAUGUACCACAGCAUUGCCGCAUGUUUGAAGGAACUGGAGAAAUUUUACCCGACUUUUAAGGCGCUUGACAUGCAAGCAAUUCGAAAUGCGGCUGCAGAUGGCUUUGUUGGCUUUCGAGUAUCUGAGACCAGUGGAAGGAUCCCGGGGGCCGACUGGGAUGCUGAGGCCUUCAUGGGGCGCUUGGAGGUUUUAGCGGCUCUCGAGGACGAAGAGUGGCUCGAAUCAUGGUCUCCUUCCGCGGUUCUCUCCGGUGACCAAUAUCGCAAUUCUGCGUACAUGAUUAUGGACACAUCAACCCCUGAAGGGAAAGCUGCAGCAGUUCAUUUCGAACUGAGCCGGCCAGGCUCCAUUCACUGGGGCUCUGGGUUUGACCUGGAGGCGAUUGAAGACGCUCUGAACGUCGGAAUUGUUGUCCUCUCGCAUGAAAACGGAGGCGUUUACCCUCGUGCCGCGCGGACAGAUGUGAAACGGCCUUACUACAUUCUUCUGUACUACUACGUAAGUGCAUCCGAAAAUUUUGCAGCUGAAGACUGA